GCCGACACUUGUUCUACGAGCCGCCUUCCUCGACGACUCGUGCUUAGCUGGUGUUUGCUGGUGACCUUUUCCUAGACCUCCUGGGGCUCUCUCCUUCCUGAUUUUCUCCUUGCGCAAUCCGGUGCUUCAAGUUUGCCUUUCACCAUGGAUAUGCUAAACACGACUAUGAAGUCGUUCAACCAGACGAACGACUACUUUGUUGUCCUCGAAGAGGUUUCAAAGUACAAUGUCCAGCUCAAUUUCCUCGAGAAGCUCUGGGCCGCCUGGUACCUUUGGAUGCAGAACGAUACCCUCGCGACCGGAAUCAUGAGCUUCGUCCUCCACGAGCUCGUCUACUUCGGCCGUUGCGUUCCCUACAUGAUCAUGGACUUCAUUCCCUUCUUCAACCGCUACAAGAUUCAGUCUCAGAAGAUUCCCACUCUGAAGGAGCAAUGGGACUGUGCCGCCAUCGUUCUCGUUAGCCACUUUACCGCCGAACUUCCUCAGAUCUGGUUCUUCCACCCUAUCGCCACCUACCUCGGUAUGGACUACAACGUGCCCUUCCCUCCUGUCUGGAAGAUGGCCUACCAGAUCGCCAUCUGCUUUAUUAUGGAGGAUGCCUGGCACUACUGGUUCCACCGCGGCCUGCACUACGGACCUCUCUACAAGGCGAUCCACAAGAUGCACCACACCUACUCCGCCCCCUUCGGUCUCGCCGCUGAGUACGCCUCCCCUAUCGAAACCGCCCUCCUCGGUAUUGGUGUCGUAGGCUGCCCCAUUGUCCUCCUCAAGGUCACUGGCGAGCUUCACCUUUUCACCAUGUACGUCUGGAUCAUCCUGCGACUUUUCCAGGCCAUCGACGCCCACAGCGGCUACGACUUCCCCUGGAGCUUGCGCCACUUCCUCCCCUUCUGGGCCGGCGCUGAGCACCACGAUCUUCACCACGAGAAGUUCAUUGGCAACUACGCCUCCAGCUUCCGCUGGUGGGACUUCUGCCUGGACACCGAGGCCGGUGCCGAGGCUCACAAGCGCCGCCGCGAGAAGAAGCUGGCUGCCAUCAAGGCCCAGAAGAAGGCCCAAUAAACGGCUACAGAGGAAAACCUGGGAGGACGACACACUCUCGAUUGCGGUGAAUCGAGGCCGGCCGAGCCAGGAGCUUGACGAACUCAAAAGCAAGUGGAGGCUGUUGAUCAUGAUGAAGAUGUAGACCCUUUGCCCAGCGGGCAUGCGCGGUCUGCGAUUAGAGCAUUCGCAUGGCGUUUUGGGGAUGUGGACUAAGAACGACUUUUUACGCUUGUAUAUACAGAAAAUCAUUAUGCCCAGGAGAGGCCCUAGACUUAUCUACUUAGUUAAUAAUCGACGUCGUUCGUUG